AUGUCUGCCCAUCCCAAGACCGACUUGUCGAUCCCCAAGACUCAAAAAGUCGCCAUUUUUGAGAAUGCAGGUGGCCCCGUCGAGAUCAAGGAGGCUCCAGUCGUCCAGCCCGACCAGCUCGAGGCUGGGCAGGUCUUAGUUAAGGUCAUGUACUCUGGCGUCUGCCACACUGAUCUUCACGCCCUGCUUGGCGAUUGGCCGAUGCCAUCCAAGCUUCCCCUCGUCGGUGGACACGAGGGUGCUGGCUUUGUCGUCGCUGUUGGAAAAGGAACUUCUGCGCCUAUCAAAGUCGGCCAGGCUGUUGGCAUCAAGUGGCUUGCUACUAGCUGCUUGUCAUGUGAAGCCUGUGCUCGAGACGGAUCGUUCCAACAAUAUGCCGUAAGCUACGCGGCCCAUGUUACGCCCAUCCCUGAGUCUAUCGCUCUCGAUCUCGCGGCCCCCAUCCUUUGCGCUGGUGUCACGGUCUUCAAGGCGAUCAAGCAAGCCGGCACUCAGCCUGGUGAUAUCAUUGUGAUCUCUGGUGCAGGCGGAGGAUUAGGCCACCUUGCCAUCCAGUAUGCGAUAAACGGCUUUGGAUUGCGAGUUAUUGCUUUAGAUACGGGUGAUGAGAAGAAGGCUCUUUGCCAAAAGCUCGGAGCCGAAGCAUUCGUUGAUUUCAAGUCCUCUUCAGAUUUGAUAGAAGAAAUCAAGAAAGUGGCCGAUGGGUUAGGACCUCACGCAGCCAUUGUUGCAAGCGCCUCAUCUGUCGGCUAUGAUCAAGCACUUCAAUACCUUCGCCCUGGAGGAACCCUCGUCGCUGUCGGUCUUCCUCCUGGUGCCAAGAUCGAGGCCGAUGUCUUCUGGACCGUCGUACGCAGCAUCACCGUGAAGGGCAGCUAUGUCGGAAAUCGUGAAGAUGCUCGCCAAGCCCUCGACAUUGCCGCUCGCGGGCGCGUGAAGACAACCUAUCGCGUUGAGCCUUUGGGCGCGCUUCCUGCUGUCUUCAAAGAGAUGAAGGAAGGAAAGCUCGCUGGUCGUGUCGUUCUAGACUUGUGGAAGUAA